CGUGUAUAUACAUCAUUUAGGCAUAUACACACAACAAUGUAUGUGUGAGCAACGCACUUGUUCUAUGUGUAUCUAGAGUGUAAAUCAGAGGGUUUCGCCAUUCUAGGGUUCGCAAGGAGGAUUAUUAAUUUGUAAAUUGUAUAUAUAUAUUUUAUAUCAGUUAAUCUCUUUCUAGGGUUUUUUUUUUUCUUUUUCUCGCCGUAGUCAUUUUCGCAAUUUCAUCACAAUGGCUGGCAAAAACGUGAUCUCCGACGACGAAGAUGAGAUUGGAGGUGAAGAAGAAGAGAGAGACGAAGAGCCCUAUGGAGACCAAACUGAUGAACGCGGGGACGAUGAAGAUGAAGAAGAAGAUGAAGAAGGACAAGAUGAAUAUGAGAAGGAUGGUUUUAUCGUGGAUGAAGAAGAAGACGAGGAGGAAGAAGAUAGACUUGAUAGUGACGAUGAGAAGCAGAAGAAAAAGAAAAGGAAAAAAAGAGAGUCAGAGAGGAACUAUGUCCUGGACGAGGAUGAUUAUGAACUCCUUCAGGAAAGCAACAUCUCUGUUCAUCGUCCGAAAGCUGAAAGCAAGAAGUUUAAGCGACUGAAAAAGGGUCGGGGUGAUACAGAAGAAGGGCCUUCUGGACUUUCAGAUGAUGAGAAGUUUGAUGGAAGUGGAAAAGGCGGGCGUACAGAUGAGGAGAAGCUUAAGCGCACCUUAUUUGAUGAUGAUGGGCAACAGCUCGAGGAUAUUGCGGAGGAGGAUGAACAGUUGGAAGAAGAGGAUACAUACGUCAACGAAGAUGAUGACAUGGCAGAUUUUAUUGUUGACGAAGAAGAAGUCGAUGAGCAUGGAGCUCCUGUGAGGAGGAAGAAACCUAAGAAGAGCAGGCAACGACCAGGAAUUUCUUCAUCUGCACUUCAGGAGGCACACGAAAUAUUUGGUGAUGUUGAAGACCUCUUGAGGCUACGCAAGUUGGAAGUUAGGGACAAGUUUGAUGAAACUCAUGAAGGGAACCUUGAAGAUCAGUUUGAUCCUAGCAUACUUUCUGAGAAGUAUAUGACGGAAAAGGAUAACGAGAUUCGGAAAUUAGAUGUUCCUGAAAGAAUGCAGACAUCGCAGGAAAGUUCUAGCCAUCUCCUGACGGAUGAGAUUAGUAUCAAAAUGGAGACGGAGUGGAUAUACAACCAGCUCGUAACUGGUACAGUACCUUGGUUUAACAAGAGCAGUGCCAUGACCGAAGAAGGAGAUGAUGAAAUGAAGCACCACAUAGCAAGAUUUCUUGACUUAAUGCAUGUUCAGAAGUUAGAUGUUCCAUUCAUUGCUAUGUACCGGAAAGAGGAGAUCUUGAGCCUAUUAAAGAAUCCAAAUGAGCCUGAAGCUGACGAUCCUAACCAGAAGCCUACGCUUAAGUGGCACAAGGUGCUUUGGACAAUCCAGGACUUGGAUCAGAAGUGGCUUCUUCUUCAGAAAAGAAAGAGUGCACUCCAGUCAUACUAUAAGCAGUUCAAAGAAGAGUCUGAGAAAGUAAAUGACUGGGAGACACACCGCAGUUUAAAUCAACAGCUAUUUCAAUCUAUCAUUAAGUCGCUCAAAGCUGCUGAUUCAGAACGAGAAGUUGAUGAUGUUGAAUUGAAAUUUAAUUUGCACUGCCCCCCGGGCGAAGUUGUUCUAGGCGGAGGGCAGUAUAAGAGGCCAAAGAGGAAAUCUCAUUACAGCAUUUGCAGUAAAGCUGGAUUAGGAGAAGUUGCAAGCAAAUUUGGCUACAGCUCCGAACAAUUUGGGUUGCAGAUUUCUCUAGAGAAAAUGAGGAUGGAUGAAUUGGAGGAUGCGAAGGAAACACCAGAGGAAAUGGCUUCCAAUUUCACUUGUGCAAUGUUCGAGACACCUGAAGCUGUGUUGAACGGUGCGAGGCACAUGGCAUCAGUUGAGAUCAGUUGUGAACCAUGUGUUCGGAAGCAUGUCCGAAGUAUCUUUAUGGAUAAUGCCGUGGUGUCAACUAGUCCCACACCUGAUGGAAACACAGCUAUUGAUUCUUUUCACCAGUUUGCUGGAGUGAAGUGGUUGCGGGAAAAACCACUUUCCAGAUUUGAGGACGCACAAUGGCUUCUAAUCCAGAAAGCAGAAGAGGAGAAGCUCUUGCAGGUUACAAUCAAGCUGCCGGAAGUAGUCCUUGAUAAGUUAAUAAACGAUUCGAAAGAUUAUUAUUUGAGUGACGGUGUUAGUAAAUCCGCUCAAUUGUGGAACGAGCAGAGAACUCUGAUAGUUCGUGAUGCAUUCGACAAAUUCCUUCUGCCUUCAAUGACAAAGGAAGCGAGAUCAUUGUUGAAUAGUAGGGCAAAAUCGUGGUUACUCUUGGAUUACGGAAAGCUGUUGUGGGAUAAAGUGUCUGUUGCACCAUACCAGAGGAAAGAAACUGAUGUCAGUUCAGAUGAAGAAACUGCACCCAGGGUUAUGGCUUGCUGUUGGGGCCCUGGCAAGCCAGCUACUACUUUCGUAAUGUUGGAUUCAUCUGGAGAAGUAUUAGAUGUACUUCAUGCUGGUUCGCUCAGUCUUCGUGGUCAAAGUGUUGAUGAACAGCAACGGAAGAAAAAUGAUCAGCAGCGAGUGCAAAAAUUUAUGAUGGACCACCAGCCACAUAUCGUCGUUCUAGGAGCAGCUAAUUUGUCUUGUACGCGGCUGAAGGAGGAUAUUUACGAGAUCAUCUUCAAGAUGGUGGAAGAUAAUCCUAGAGAUGUUGGCCAUGAGAUGGAUAACUUGAAUAUUGUCUAUGGUGAUGAAUCUCUCCCACAUCUAUAUGAAAAUUCUCGCAUAUCAGUUGAUCAACUUCCUUCUCAAGAAGGGAUAAUUAGGCGUGCUGUGGCCCUUGGACGAUAUCUUCAGAAUCCACUAUCCAUGGUUGCCACAUUGUGUGGACCAGGAAGGGAGAUAUUAUCUUGGAAACUUAAUCCUUUGGAGAACUUUCUCACUCCCGAUGAAAAGUAUGGGAUGGUUGAACAAGUUAUGGUGGAUGUAACGAACCAAGUAGGUCUUGAUCUUAAUUUGGCUUCCAGUCAUGAAUGGUUGUUCGCACCUCUCCAGUUUAUCUCUGGGCUUGGACCAAGGAAAGCAGCUUUUUUACAAAGGUCUCUAGUAAGAAUAGGAACCAUUUUCACUAGGAAAGACUUGUUAACAUCCCAUGGUCUAGGUAAAAAGGUGUUUAUCAAUGCUGUUGGAUUCUUGCGAGUCCGACGGAGCGGAUUGACUUCAAGUAGUAGUCAAUUUAUUGAUUUGCUAGACGACACACGAAUACAUCCAGAAUCGUACAGCCUUGCAAAAGAUUUGGCUAAGGAUAUUUACUGGGAGGAUGGAAAUGAUGAUGCAAAUGACGACGAGGAUGUGCUGGAAAUGGCUAUUGAGCAUGUCAGAGAGAAGCCUCACUUAUUAAAAGCUGUGGAUGUUCGUGAAUAUGCUGGGCAGAAAAACCGCCUGAACAAAAAGGAAACCCUUAAUGAUAUAAGAUUGGAGUUGAUGGAAGGCUUUCAGGAUAGGCGGAGACCAUACAUUGAACCAAGUCAAGACGAUGAAUUUUACAUGAUUUCAGGAGAGACUGAAGAAGCAGUUUCCGAUGGAAGAAUUGUGCAAGCAACAGUACGCAGGGUGCAACCUCAGAGAGCGAUUUGUGUCCUUGAAUCUGGAUUGACUGGCAUGCUUAGUAAGGAAGAUUACACAGAUGAUUGGAGGGAUAUCAAUGAAUUGACUGAUAAGCUGCGUGAAGGUGAUACUUUGACUUGCAAAAUCAAAUCGAUUCAGAAGAAUCGCUAUCAGGUGUUUUUGACCUGUAGAGAAAGUGAAAUGAGGAACAACCGUUCCCAGAACUACCGGAGUAUAGAUCCUUACUAUCAUGAAGAACGGAGCGCCUUACCCACUGCACAAGAAAAAGCUAGGAAAGAGAAGGAGCUAGCAAAGAAGCAUUUUAAGCCGAGGAUGAUUGUUCACCCUCGCUUCCGGAAUUUUACAGUUGAUGAAGCAAUAGAGUUUUUGUCGGACAAGGAUCCUGGUGAAAGUGUCAUCCGACCGAGUUCUCGUGGACCUUCAUUUUUGACAUUGACAUUGAAAGUUUAUGAUGGUGUAUAUGCUAACAAGGACAUAGUUGAAGGUGGGAAAGAACACAAGGACAUCACAAGCUUGCUUCGAAUAGGGAAAACACUGAAAAUUGGAGAGGAUACAUUUGAAGACCUUGAUGAGGUAAUGGAUCGUUAUAUAGAUCCACUGGUAACUCAUUUGAAGGGAAUGCUUAAUUACCGCAAGUUCAGGAAGGGUUCAAAGACUGAAGUUGAUGAGCUUCUCAAGAUUGAAAAAGCUGAGAAUCCGAUGAGAAUCGUGUACUGCUUUGGAAUAUGUCACGAACAUCCUGGAACAUUUAUCCUGACUUACAUACGAAGCUCUAAUCCACAUCACGAGUACAUAGGUCUGUACCCAAAGGGAUUGAAGUUCCGAAAACGAAUGUUUGAGGAUAUAGACCGCCUUGUGGCUUAUUUUCAGAGGCAUAUUGAUGAUCCAUUCGAUUCUGCACCGUCGAUUCGUUCAGUUGCUGCUAUGGUGCCAAUGAGGAGUCCUGCACCUGGUGGCGGUGGCUGGGGUGGUUCAUCCAACGACAGAGAUAGGAGUUCUGGUCCUAGAGCAGGGAGAGGUGACUACAGAAACGAUGAUGGCAACUCUGGUGGUAGGGGGCGUGGACGUGGGCGUGGAAGAGGACGGGGGGACAGGCAGGACUCGGAACGCGGUUCGCAAAAGUGGGGCCAAAAAGAUGACGAUAAUGGAGGAGGAUGGGGGAGCUUUCCUGGAGCUAAAGUUCAGAAUUCACCGGGUAGGGACAUAUUCCCCGGUAAUUGGAGUGGUGAUGGUAAUGGCAACGGUACUAAUGGUGGCGGUGGCGGUGGCGGCAGUGGUUGGGGUAAGUGGGGGGGACAGGUGGACGGUGGUGAUGCUUCUGAUAAAGUUGCUGAUGCUGGAAAUUCAGAUUGGGGUGGUGGAGGUGGUGGCGGCGCUAGCAAGAGGGGGGGUGGCGGCGGUAGUGGUGGUGGUGGUGGUGGCGGCAGUGGCAGUGGUUGGGGUAAGUGGGGGGCAGAGGUGGACGGUGGUAAUGCUUCUGAUAAAGGUGUGGAUGCUGGAAAUUCAGGUUGGGGUGGCGGUGGUGGUGGUGGUAGCAAGAAGGCUGAUGAUGGCGGGGGUGGUGGAGGUUGGUGA